AUGAAUGGAGAGGGAGGAGAAACCAGCAAAAGAGAUGAGAUCAGUCAGCAGAAGGUUGCAUUCUACAGACUCUUCUCAUUUGCAGAUGGUUUGGACAUAGUGUUGAUGAGUGUUGGCACCUUGGGUGCAAUCGCAGAUGGGUUUACGCAGCCGCUCAUGACGCUAAUGAUGGGCCGUGCCAUCCACUCCUUUGCAACCUCGGAUCCUUCUCAUGUUGUUCAUCAAGUAUCAAAGGUGAGCCUGAUGUUCUUGUACUUGGCUGCUGGUUCGGGCUUCGCAGCAUUCAUACAGUCUUCGAGUUGGAGGGUGACUGGAGCUAGACAGGCAAAUAGCAUCCGAAGUCUCUACUUGAAAACAAUAUUAAGACAGGACAUUGAAUUCUUUGACACUGAAACUACCGCUGGAGAGGUCAUAGGGAGGUUGUCUGGAGACACUAUUCUCAUUGAGGAUGCCAUGGGGGAAAAGGUUGGAAAGUUCUUACAAAAUAUGUCAACUUUUGUUGCUGGUUUUACGAUUGCCUUCUUAAAAGGGUGGCGACUCGUCCUAGUUUUGCUUCCAACAAUUCCUCUUGUUGUCAUUGCUGGAGCAACAAUGACAAUGAUGAUGUCAAAAAUGUCGAGUCAUGGACAAGUUGCAUAUGCACAAGCCGGAGCUGUAGUAGAAGAAACGGUAGGAGCCAUCAGAACAGUGGCAUCCUUCACUGGGGAGAAGCAUGCCAUAGAAAAUUAUAACAAGAAGCUCAGAGUGGCCUACACCUCUACUGUUCAACAAGGGCUGGCCUCAGGCUUUGCAGUUGGAGCGGUUGUGGUAAUUGUCUUUAGCAGUUAUGGGCUUGCCAUAUGGUAUGGAUCAAAACUGAUCAUAGAGAAGGGAUACAAUGGUGGAACUGUCGUCAACGUCUUGCUCUCUCUCAUGGUUGGAGGAUCGUCAUUGGGCCAGGCAUCCCCAUGUCUAAGUGCUUUUGCAGCAGGGCAGGCAGCAGCAUAUAAGAUGUUUGAGACAAUCAAACGAAAACCAAAAAUUGAUGCCUAUGAUACAAGUGGGAUUGUAUUGGAAGAAAUCAGGGGAGAAAUUGAACUCAAAGAUGUGUACUUCAAAUACCCAUCAAGGCCAGACGUGCAGAUAUUUGGUGGUUUCUCAUUGCACAUUCCAAGUAGAACAACUGCAGCUCUAGUUGGGCAGAGUGGAAGUGGGAAGUCAACAGUAAUCAGCCUGUUGGAAAGAUUCUAUGAUCCAGAAGCCGGUGAAGUACUGAUAGAUGGUGUUAAUCUAAAGAAACUAAAUAUCAGAUGUAUAAGGGAGAAAAUUGGGCUAGUCAGUCAGGAACCUAUCUUGUUUGCAGGUACCAUAAAGGAGAACAUAUUAUAUGGUAAGAAAGAUGCAACCAAUGAAGAGAUCAGAGCAGCAAUUGAGCUUUCUAAUUCUGCAAGAUUCAUCAACAAGAUGCAAAGGGGGCUGGACACAAUGGUGGGUGAACAUGGAACGCAGUUAUCUGGAGGACAGAAGCAAAGAAUUGCAAUUGCAAGAGCCAUUUUGAAGAAUCCAAGAAUCCUUCUCCUCGAUGAAGCAACAAGCGCACUGGAUGCUCAGUCAGAAAGAAUUGUCCAAGAUGCCCUAUUAAACAUCAUGGCCGACCGGACAACUGUAGUCGUAGCUCAUCGUUUAACAACUAUCAGGAAUGCAGAUGUCAUAGCAGUGGUGCAUCAGGGGAAAAUUGUGGAGCAAGGAACUCAUGUGGAGUUGAUCAGAGAUCCCAAUGGGGCUUACUCCCAGCUGGUUCGCCUCCAAGAAGGAACCAAUCAAGCUGCAGAUGCUCAAAAGGUGGAUAAAAUUUGUGAAAGAGAGAAUACCCAAAAGAGGUCCAGAACACGUAGUUUGUCCUAUAAAUCCGUGAGCAUGGAUUCAUCAAGUAGCCACCACUCCUAUUCACUUAGCUUUGGCCUCCCUGUUCCAAUUGGUAUGGAUGAGAUCGAAGUGGGCAGGGAGGAGACUACUCAACAAGGUGAGGCAGAAAAUGAGAAAAGCCCUAAAGUUUCACUGAGACGAUUGGCCUAUCUGAACAAGCCUGAAGUCCCAGUUCUGCUGCUUGGAACCAUUGCAGCUGCCGUACAUGGUCUAGUCUUCCCCAUGUUUGCAUUCCUACUUUCAACAGCUAUUAAAAUUUUCUAUGAACCACCCCACCAGCUACAAAAAGAUUCCAAGUUUUGGGCACUCUUUUUUGUGGGUCUGGGUGUGCUGGCUCUGAUAGUUGGUCCACUGCAAAAUUUUCUCUUUGGAGUUGCAGGCGGUAAGUUGAUAGAACGAAUUCGUUCUUUGUCAUUCGAAAAGGUUGUACAUCAAGAAAUCACUUGGUUUGAUCACCCAGGAAAUUCAAGUGGUGCAGUUGGUGCGAGGCUAUCCACCGAUGCUUCAACAGUGCGAGGUCUCGUGGGUGAUGCAUUGGCCCUACUUGUCCAGAACUUAACAACAAUCAUAGUAGGACUCAUCAUAUCAUUCACAGCAAACUGGAUCUUGGCACUAAUAAUUCUAGGUGUGAUGCCAUUGCUAGGUUUUGAAGGAUUCGUUCAGGGGAAAUUUCUAAAGGGAUUCAGUGCAGAAGCCAAGGUGAUGUAUGAAGAAGCAAGUCAUAUUGUCAAUGAGGCUGUUGGCAGCAUCAGAACUGUUGCAUCAUUUUGUGCAGAAGAGAAGGUGAUGGAAAUGUAUGAACAAAAAUGUGAGGCCACCGUGAAGCAGGGAAUUAGGAUAGGACUUGUGAGUGGUAUAGGGUUUGGGUUAUCUGCGCUUGCUCUCCACUGCACAAAUGCGCUUGUUUUCUAUAUUGGAGCUAUUCUUGUAGAACAUGGGAAGGCGACUUUCCCACAACUUUUCAAGGUUUUCUUUGCUUUGACAAUUUCAGCAGUUGGACUUUCCCACGCUAGUGCCAUGGCUCCUGAAACCACCAAAGCUAAGGAUUCAGCUGCUUCCAUAUUUCAACUUCUUGACAGCAAGCCCAAGAUUGAUUCAAGCAUCAAGGAGGGCACAACCCUAUCAACUGUGAAGGGUGACAUUGAGUUGCAGCAUGUCAGCUUCAAAUAUCCAACAAGGCCAGAUGUUCAAAUUUUCAGAGACUUGUGCUUCAGCAUCCCCUCCGGGAAGGCUGUUGCUCUAGUUGGAGAGAGUGGAAGUGGGAAGUCAACAGUGAUCAGCCUAAUAGAGAGGUUCUAUAAUCCUGAUUCAGGGGCUAUAUUGUUGGAUGGAAUGGAAAUCCACAAGUUCAAACUAAGCUGGCUGAGACAACAGAUGGGGUUGGUAGGUCAAGAGCCUAUACUUUUCAAUGAGACAAUUCGAGCCAACAUAGCUUAUGGUAAACAGGGAAAUGCUUCUGAAGCCGAGAUCAUUGCAGCCACAAGAGCCACAAAUGCCCAUGACUUCAUAUCUGCAUUACCCCAGGGCUAUGAAACCACAGUUGGGGAACGAGGGAUGCAGUUGUCAGGAGGGCAGAAGCAGAGGAUAGCCAUUGCAAGGGCAAUCAUAAAGGACCCGAAGAUCCUUUUGCUUGAUGAGGCAACCAGUGCACUAGAUGCAGAGUCAGAGCGUGUAGUACAAGAAGCAUUAGAUAGAGUGAUGGUGCAUAGAACAACUGUUGUCGUGGCUCACUGCCUUACCACCAUCAGGGGAGUUGAUAUGAUCGCAGUGGUGAAGAAUGGUGUGAUUGCCGAGAUGGGAAGACAUGAUAAACUGAUGAAGAUAGCUGAUGGGGCUUAUGCAUCAAUGGUAGCACUUCACAUGAGUUCAUCCAAAGGGGAAGAGCAAGAGUAA